AUGCGUUCUCUGUUCUCGUGGUCUCCUGUGUUCGUUCUUCUGUGGUAUUUCCAACCACUCAAGUUGAUACUUGGAGCAGCAGUUGUGAUCCUUGUGUUCUUGGGGUUUGUCUGGGCAGCUGAAAACAAGGCCGUAAUCCGACGAUUCCGGAGGAAUCAUCCAUCUCUCUCCCUUGCUGCAAUUUUGGGCUCCAGCUACCUUUUCUUGUCUGUCUUAGGAGGGGUGGCUGUUUUCCUCUUUGGCAUUGCUUUCCCCAUAUUAAUGAUCCUUGUACAUGCGUCAGUAAGACUCCGAAGCCUUAAGAAUAAACUGGAGAAUAAGUUGGAGAGCAUAGGAUUGAAGAGGACUCCCAUGGGCCUUGUACUGGAAGCGCUGGGACAGGAACAAGAGGCUGGAUCAUAGCUGUGUACUAUAAUUAAACUAUAAUUUCGGUCACCACUUCCACACCACAAGUUUUUGUGUUUGUGUUUUUUAAAAUUUAUGUUGUCUUAUGAAAGUGCCCCAUGGUCUGUAUUUUAGUAUCGAUAAAAUACAAUUUAUAAUGCAGUACAUAAAGAACAAAUAUAAAACAGCAAUAUUUAAGUUGAAGGGCAGUUUAUUAAGUUUACAUUUAACAUUAUAAGUAUUAUUGCUUCAUUUUACUGAUUUAAUUGUGCCUAUUUUCCACAAAUAUUGUCUGAGUAACCCAUUUUGUAAACUGUUUAAAUGGAUUUUUAAAAGCUUUUUUAUUUUGCCUUUCUCUAACAAAUGUUACAUGACCAAAAAUUGUUUUUUCAUGUGCCAUGAGUGGCGUACCAUACAUUUUGUAGGAUCUCCUACAUUGUGCCUAGGUAAAUACUUCUCUUUUAUAGCAACGCGUUAUUGACCACGACUGUAUAGUUUGUUUCCAUAUGUAUUGCACAUUAUCAAUUUUGUUGAUAAAGUCUGAUCUUAAUUGCCAAUAACAAUGGACAAAUAUACCUAUUCCAGAUUGCGAAAAUGAAGAGAUUUUUUUUUCACACUGCAUGUUGAACAUUUACUACAUAAGUUGCCUUGUAUUUCAGGAAAUUAUUAUUCAUAGUAGUGCUUUUAAUUAAUAAUUUAUUUUAUUGGCAGUAUUUUCAUCUUGGUGGCGGUUUAUUAAAGCCCAGCCAACUUGUAAAUUUUGUGUCAAACUCAUUUGGCAACAUCAAUACCAAGUGGCAUGAACCCACAAUUUGCAGAAUAUAGAUGUGUCUUUUCCUUAAAUUAGUAAGGUAGCACUUUACUUGGAAGGCGUUUACAUAAGACUGACACAUUUCAUGAAUAUGAAGGAGACUUUGCAUGCUUAUUAUAACUGUCAUCCAGUCAGAUAUGUAAUUGUUACUGUCACAGUGUAGGUUGAAAUGUCUUUGUUUUGACAAACUGACAUAAACUUAUACAUAACCUG